UUUCGGUUUUCUGGAUUUUCUCUUUCUGGGUGUCGGCUGGUGGCCCUCUGUUGCCUAUUUAUUGAGCGAGAGACUGAUCAUCAUAGAUCUACAGAGAUAUGGAAUGGUCAGAAUUUUGAACCACUAACUUGCAGGAGGUGCGAUGGCCACUUUUGGCGAUUGGGUACCUUGGACCCUCGAGUGCAGGAAAUGAUGUUGAAAGCAGGUUUUUAUGGGGUGUAUAAGGCUGGUCGCAUGCGGCUGGAUCAUGCUUUAAUCACAGCUUUGGUUGAGAGAUGGCGCCCUGAGACACAUACUUUCCAUUUGCCAGUUGGUGAGACCACUGUUACACUUCAGGACAUUUCCGUAUUGUGGGGUCUCCCUGUAGAUGGUGAGCCUAUUACAGGUGUUGAUACCAACCGGUCAAUGGAUGAAUGGCAAGACAUAUGCAAUGAGCUAUUGGGAUUCAGACCCCCACCUGAAGAUUUUGAUCGUGGCCGCCUCAAGAUCCGAUGCUUACAGGAGAGGUUCAAAACCUUGCCAGAUGGUGCAUCGGAGUGUACUGUGCAAUUCUAUGCCCGAGCAUACAUUUUGCAGUUGCUUGGGGGACAGCUAUUGUCAGAUAUGUCUAAUAAUAAGGUGAAGUUGAUGUACUUGCCCCUGCUCAGAGAUUUUGAGGUGGCUGGCAAGCUAAGCUGGGGUGGAGCUGUCCUUUCUUGCUUGUACCGUGCAUUGUGCCGUGCAACCAAACCCGAGACAUCAGAUAUAUGUGGGCCAUUGGUACUUUUGCAGAUCUGGGCGUGGGAGAGACUGCCUUUCAUCCGUCCUGGGAGAUUGGCACCCCGACAGCAGCCACCUCCUGAUGUAGUUGCUGGAGAUCACCCUUUGCCUUCUGCCCCCUAUGGUUCCAGGUGGAAUGUUGGUUUCAAGCUGGAGACCGUGGGAACGCAUGUCCUAGUCUUAUAUAGGGACCAGCUAGAUAAUAUGAAGGACGACCAGUUUAUAUGGGACCCAUAUCCUCCUGAUGUCUUGGCCAGCCUCCCAGCAUAUUGUUUAUCAGGAAGACAAAUUUGGCAGACAGUGGCUCCUCUCAUCUGCUUUGAUGUUGUGGAGUUCCACCACCCUGACCGUGUUCUACGUCAAUUUGGUCAACAUCAAUCCAUCCCUGCAGUUUGUGACACUAUCCCCGACAUUCAUUUAACAGAUCGUCGUGGAAGACAGAAUUAUGAUUGGGCCCAUCAUCACAGGCAAUUUGUUGAUAUGUGGGCAGACCGCCGUGCCCGAGUUAUAUGUGGACCUCCUAUUGAUGGUCCAAUGGAUCAGAGUGAUCCAUACAUGAUGUGGUACAGAAGAAUUACUCGUUUAUUAAUUGGUAACCCAGCUACUCAUCCGAAUACUGGAUACAAGGGAGUCGGAGGUGCGAUGGAGGCAAUGUGUAUCCAGGCCCAGAGCUUACAAAAAAUAUAUCACCGUGCCACUGAUGCUAUUCAUGAAGGUUAUGAGGUCUCUGGGGAAGAUGUCCUUAGAGAGAUCCAAGAAAUAUGUGCAUAUUCUCUCAGGGCAGCUCACGAGGACCACCGUCUGACUGUGUGUCCUGAUAUGGGUGCAGCGUCUCCGACGACAGCCUCAUUUGUUCCCCCUAAGGUUCAAAGAGGUCGACCAAGAAAGAGGGGCGCACUUACUUGUGCGCGAGCUACUGAGAGCCGAAGAAGAGGUUCAUAUGUUCCUGGGAUGCUUUCCACCUCAUCAGAACUGUCUCAUUCUCUUAAGCCAUCAAAUCUUUUUCAAGGAAAUGUUAGUGAAGUGCCAGGUACACCAGGAACAUGGGAUUCUGCAUUGAGUGCCCCCGAGUUCCAGGAGGAUACAUCAGAUCCAAACACAACUCAGUUGGAUCCUGAAGCUACAGAAACUACAAACCCGAUGGUGCAGGCCCUUGAGAAGAUUCGAGAUAUAUGCGCAUUUGCUUUGGGAAUGAGUAAUCAAAACCAGGCCAUGCUAUCAACACGUGAUAUAAUCUCAGAUGGUCCUAAGAUGAAGCACUGCAAGCCAAGAAGGAGAGGUGGAAUGAGUGGGUACUUGGUAGGUGUCAAUUCGUACUUCCCGAGUACCUCUAGUGCAUUUUCACCAACACCGUCUACCUCAUUGGGACCUAAUGGUUCUCCUUUGCAGCUGCAUGAUAGCCCUGAAAGGGAUGUCGAGCCUUUGGUUACACCAAUGUCAAGAGAUCCUCUGCUGCCAGAGUUACAUGACAACUUACAGUUGGAAAUGAUAGAAAUAGAUACCAUUACUGGAAGCAGAGAAGCUUCGCCAUCUCCUGUCAAUCCAUCUAUGCUAAAUCUACCUUGUGAUCCCCCAGGCAAUCAGGAUUCCACCCUAACGUUGACAGAUGUGAAAACCACUUUCUCACCAGAGGAUAAUACAAAAAUCCAAACUGGUUCCGCAGCAGAUGACAGACAACCCGUCAUUGGGCAAGAGUACGAAGGAAUUGCUAAUGAAGCCUUGCCACCGGGGUCUGAACCUCCUAUAUUGAAACCAUGUUCACAGAACUCAGAACGACCACAUCAUGGUGCUACAAGGUUUAAUGGGACUCAUUUUCCUCAUGAAGAUGAUCCCAAUGCCUCUGGAGUUCCCACGCCUCAAGGUGAAGUGUCAACUUUACGCCAUGAACCUAUUGAGGAGGCGAUGGAUGUAAAUGGAGUGGACACCAACUCCACUCCUGGACCUUCUGUAUAUGAGCCCCAAGAGGCUGAGAAUCUGACACCAUCGGACUGGACGAGCCAUGGAAUGGAAGACAUAAAACCCUACGCUCAUCUUGCUGAAAAGAGUAUCCCGGAGCCAUCACCAGCGUGUGAAGAUGGCUGUGGUGAAACAAUGAAGGUUGAUGGGGUAGAUGGUGAUGUUUUAGAAGGUAGCCAAGGCAAGAGGAAAGGGCCGGCUACAGAUAAAGCGGACACUGCUUCCUCUGGUCCGACUGUGAGUUCACCCGUUCCAGAUAAUUCUCAUGAUUAUGGAAAAUCUUCAUUUAAGUCGUCACCGGAGGUUACAGAGACCGAUUCUGUAGCAACCAAAGACAAUGUGCAGAGGAAGUACAAAAGACAGAGGCGUUCUGCUCCGAAACAGAGGUAGACAUAUCCUUGCAUGUGCCAUACGGCUAUGGAAAAUUGGAAAUAGACUUGCUAUUUGAAGACCGCUGCGUGCAACUUUAUUCAGUCUGCUUCUUCAAUAUCGGUGUUAGAGUCGUUGCUAUUGAACCUUUUUUUUGUUUGCAAGAUUAGUUUGCUUCUCAUUCCUGAAUCAUGUUUUUCUGACAGUGGCUGCAUGUCGUAGAAGUUGAUCUACUUUCAUUUUCAAUGUAUAUUCUUGGAAAAUUUUGGAUGGAUGUAUAAUAUAUUAAUAAUCCUCUCUUCGGGAUAAUAUAUAAUUUAACAUAAAAGCAUCAA